GGUGCGCGGCCAUGGCGGGCAGAGCGGGGCGGGCGGGCUCGCUGGUGGCGGCCGUGCUGGAGCACUCGGGCCAGCUGGACAAGGAGCACCUGGGGGCCCACGUCGGGCGCCUCUCCCGCCGCGUCGAGGAGCUCAAGGAAGAGGUCUGGACCAUGAUGAACAGCAAAUACAGCGAGUUCCUGCCCAGCGUGCAGAACAGAGAGGACCUGGUGGCAGAGGUGGAGGGGCUGUGCAUGGACAUCGACCUACUCAAGGCGGCCAUCGAGAACGAGGUCCAGCAAGAUCUAAAUGUCGCUGUUACUGAGUUCACAGAGCUGAAGCAGCAGCUGGAGAGGGACUCAGUGGUCUUGAGUGUCCUGAAAAAGCUUCAGGAGUUUGACACAGCUGUGAAAGAGUUCAGCACUGCCCUGCUGGAAGAGAGGUACAUGCGAGCAGCUCAGCGGCUGGAAAAGGCACGGAGCAGCCUCAGGAACGUGGAAUCCCACAGGGGCUUUGAGCUGAGGAUCCCGAAGGCCCUGCGCAAGGAGCUCACGGUGCAGGAGCAGAGCAUCAUCUACCAGCUCGGGAAGGAGUGGCAGAAGCUGAUUGUGUGGAAGCUUCCCCAUUCCAAAGGGAGCAGCAGCCUGGAGGCCGUCGUGCUCUCGGAGCUGCACUUACACGCGGUGCCGCCGCAGGGUGAGGACACUGCUGUCCCAGCCGUCGCUGCCGUGCUGCAGGCCUUGGCUGUCAUGGGAGAGCUGCACUACAAGCUCAAAGAUUUUGGCCAGUUGUUGAUGGAAUACAUCCUGAAGCCGCUGAUCUCCUACCCAUCUCUGGAGCCAGUCACAGAGGAGCAGCCAGAUGUGUUCAUCCUGAGGUUUAGGUCCCAGGAGCCUGCCUUGGAUGAGUUCUCUCCUAUAAAGGUGUUUGACAAGAUCAAGCUGAUUUUUGAAGUUCUGCACAAAUACCUGCUAAAUGUGCCUCUGGAGGAGCCUGGGAAAGGCGGAAAGGACGGCAGAGUCACCCUGGCAGAGCUGCUGGGGGAGCUCAUCUGGGAGGAGCUCUCAAACUGCCUCAUUCACAGCUGCCUGGUGCACUCCCUCCCAACCAGCAGCAGCCAGCUGGAGCAGUACAAAGAGGUGAUCGAAUCCACAAAGGAAUUUGAGAAAGCCCUGAAGGAGAUGCAGUUUUUGAAGCAAGACAAGACUGCCUUGCUGAAAUACGCCUGCAACGUCAAUUUCCACUUCGCCAACAAGAAGUGCCAGGAUUUGAUCAAGGCAGCCAGGAAGCUGAUGACCUCAGAAAUACACAACACUGUAAAGAUCACACCCGAUUCCAGCGCAGCCCUACCGGAGCUCCCUGCUCCUUGGUCAGGAGACCACCCGAAAACGCGCGGACCCUCCAACCUUCUGGACAGUGGGACCGUGAAUUUGGGCAGUGAGAGCAGUCUGAGCCAGUCCACCCUGUCCCUGCCCACGUGCCGCAUCAGCUCCUCCGUGCAGCAGCUCAUGGAGCUGGCUUAUAACACAAUGGAGGAGGCCAAAACCAGCACAAAGUUCUGCUGUCUGCAGCUCUGCAACUGCGUCCGGGACAUCUUCCACGUCUUCUGUGAGGUCGUGCCCAAAUACCACAGGGAGAACCUGCAGAAGCUGCCCCAGCUGGCUGCCAUCCACUACAACAACUGCAUGUACAUCGUCCACCACCUGCUCACCCUGGGCCACCAGUUCCGCUACCUCACCGGCGCCGUGCUCAGCGACUGCGGAGGCACCUUCGUGGACAUGGUGCCUGACUUCAGGAAGCUGGGGAUGGAGUGUUUUCUGGCUCAGAUGCAAGUGCAGAAGCGAGGAGUCCUGGACAGGCUCUGGAGUGCCAGGAAUUUUUCCAAUAUGGAUGAUGAUGAGAAUUACCGUGCAGCAAAUAAAUCCAUAAAGCAGGUGCUGCAUCAGCUGAGGGGGCUGGGCACGGUGUGGCAGGAUGUGCUCCCUGUGCACGUGUACUGCAAGGCCAUGGGGACCUUACUGAACACAGCCCUGGCAGAGAUUGUCACCAGGAUUACUGCCCUGGAGGAUAUCUCUGCAGAGGGUGCAGACAGGCUGUACUCACUCUGCAAGAUCAUGGUGGAUGAGGGACCCCAAGUUUUCACCCCUCUGCUUGAAGAGGACAAAAAUAAGAAGUACCAGGAGGAAGUUCCUGUCUAUGUGCAGCAGUGGAUGACGUUCAGGGAGCUGAUGAUCAUCCUGCGGGCCAACCUCCAGGAGAUCGUGGAUCGGUGGGCAGAUGGGAAGGGGCCUCUGGCAGAGCAGUUCUCAGCAGCUGAGGUGAAGAGCCUGAUCCGAGCCUUGUUCCAGAACACAGAGAGGAGAGCGGCAGCACUGGCCAAGAUCAAGUGACUCCAGUUUACACGUGCACCUGCACCUCGUGGUGCUGCAGAGCAAACCAACACUUCCAAACACGUUUUUGGUUGCACCUGUCUUAUUUGUACUGGUCUGGAAAACUUGGGAAUUGGGGAAGCGCUCCCUGGAGCUUGGCUGGGGGGGAAGGAGCAUUUCCUGGCUCAGUGUUUGUGUAACCUCAUCUCAGGCUGGGCUCAGGGUGCUGCAGGGGCGUUCUCAGUGCUCAGCUGGGACUCUUCUAUGCAGUUCUGUGUCAGGGGACCUGCAGCCCCUCUGUGACCUCCUCUGUCCCUCAAACCACACAUGGAAGCCACAGACUGGGAGAGCUUUGGAUGUCCUUCCAAACUUUCCCAUCUCAGGUUCCCCUGAGGAGCAGACCUUAAGGGGGAGACAGUUUAGGGAGGGAUGUGGGGAAGAGAGAUCCUGUGCUGAAUGAACCAUUGAUCAGAUCAGAGGGAUUCUCACAAGGAGGAAAAUUCUCUUACUUCUCAUGGAAAGUGUCUUCAAACUGACUUAGAACUUUUCAAUCCCACUUUCCCAACUGUAGAAGCCAUUUCAGCUCGUUCCUUUAUGUUUUUGUUGGGUGUGAACUGGGUAACUGUGGUGUCUUUCUGGUGUUACAUUUUCUGUCCUUAAAGAAUAAUGAGAGAAAUAAUAGAAAAUAAUGAAAAACCAGUAUAAAAAGGGAAUGAAAGGUACACUCACAGCAUUGUCUCUUAAGUCACAAAAGGCUCUGUUUGAUCCUUCCUGCCCUGUCAGAAGAUUUUCAGUCAGAGUUUAAUGUUUUAAUCUGUUGUCUCCUGUUGUCUCCUUGUCCGUGGCACUUUUGUUCCAAGUGUUUGUGCAGGGGCUGAGGCUUUCCUGUCACCCCAGUCCUCGCAGAAAUCCCUCUGGUUUUGUUUUUCCCUCCUCCAAGUGUUCCCAGAACACUGGCAUCUCGUGGGGUCCCCAGCCCCCUUAAACAUGGCCAAAAAACGUCUAUUUUGAAAAACACUUCUCCCCUGUAGAUUGUUCACAGAAUUGUAAUUUCCUACUUUCUUUAAUAAACUAUUUCUACUGAGCA